UAACUCAGGGGAGCGAUCACCCUGACAUGAGAGAUGGAUGACAAAUGGAGCAGAAUGACUGCUCAGCGCCUUGGCGAGGCUCCAGGGGGGACAGAUUCACCUCGUGCCCAGGAACUCCAGCUCCUCCAAGCCCAUCGUUUAGCUUUCUAUGGGCGGGCUGGGAAAACAUGGGAUGGAUUUGGAGGCAGCCCCCACAAACCGAGGCUGGGAGAGUCCAAAGGAGACGCUUGGUCUAGUGAUGCCAAUGUCCCCAAGAGUCCACUUUGCCAGGGCACAAGCCAUCCUCAGCCAACUGGCCCAGCCACGAGUGGAAACAGGUACCUGGGUCAGGGAUCUCCCCCGAGGGGUUGGAGAGGGACUGGACCAGGUAGCUGGAGUCCAGACCCAGGAGCCCGGACACAUGGGGACAGAAGCAGCCGCCCCUCUGAAUUGGAUCUCGGCCUGCUGGCAGAUGUGUCCAUCCCAGAAACCCAGAAGCUGAGGCACGUUUUGGGUUGGGCGCAGAAGUUCCUCGCUUCCCAAGGGUUGACUUUAUCGUUGUUGGGGAAAAGCGAGGAAGCCGCAGAUGGGGCUAGAAGGGCGCUUGGACCAGCUGCUCGAGAGCACUCGACUGAUAUGGAAAAGUUUCAUCUUCUGGACUUUUUCAGCAAGGGCCCUCCUGAGAUUGAGGGUCUGUCCAGCCAUCCACCUGGUGACAAACCCAAGAUGGAAAAUGGGGAAGAGAGAGAAAGAAGGGAUCUUGAGUUUGUUUGUUUCAAUCAAGCCGAGUUUAUUGAGCAUGUCCGGGCUGACCUGGGAGAAACCUUUUUUCUGAAUGAAGACAAUGCAGGUAUGAGAUCUGAGAGGCCGCCUGGGGUUCCCGGCAAAAGAGAGAACACUAGUUUACAUGAAGCCACAAAGGCAUCUCCCAGGGAUGGUUACUUCUGGGCUCCACUUACCGAUAACUCUGAGGACGAAUAUACAGUGGCAGUUAAGGAAGGUGGCGCAUUUAGGGAGGGUGUCCACAGCAAAAACCCCAAACAGCUUUUGGGAGAUGACCACCCAUCAUGGAGAAAGAAUGCAGGAAACUCGAGUUCCACCAAGGUAAAGGGCCAAAAUUCCUCUCCCUGGAAGACUGAUACUCCUGCAAAGUGUCACACCAAGGAAAGGCAUGGCUUAAAGCACGGAGGUUUCACAUACCGGUUAAUGGGAGAUACGGUCAGAGAUGAGAAAAAUUCUCAAGAGCCCAUUGAGAGACCAUCUACCAACCCCUCUGCCUUCACCCCCGAAGAAUCGGAUUGUCCGGCAUCAAAUUUUGUGCUGCUGAAGAGCAAUGGCAACGAGGAGAAGGGUCAGCAGCCUCAGUGUGAGGAAGGGAUAGGCAAGAUUUCUGGAAGCCAGGAAGAAAUACUGUUGAGCAUUUCUAAUUUUGCUGAAAGAAAUGCCCACCAGGAAAUGGGUCAAAGAGGGUCCACGGAUGAUUUGGCCUUUCACGUGGGGAGCGCCUUUCCGAAUUUGGUAGGGUGCCGUCUGAGCCAUGAUAUCCGGUUUAGCCCCUGGCACCAGGCAGGGUCAGAAGAGACCAUGGGGCCACCCAACCUAGAUUCUGGAGAGAGGGCUAGUGAGAGCCACCCCCAGGCUAUAUCCAGGAAUCUCUCCUCCCUAAACAUUUCUCAGAGUGGGUCAGAGGAAUCCUCCCUUCUCCGGCAAGGAGAGGUGGGCCACCGGAAGAUCUGUUGGAAUGAUGUUCCGCUGGUAAGAUCAGAGGGAGAAGCUAGCGUGUUGGAGACAUACUUUUUUUAUUUGAACCAGUUGAACCAGAUCAGGGGUCUUGGUGCCAAAGACAGAACCCUAUUGCUCCACUCCAAAGGGACGGGAUUUUCUGAAGAGAUGUCUCUCAUCAGCCACCCUGACGGAAUAGGCGAGGUGGCGGGCAUCCACGGUGGUGGUGGGUGUAGUGAAUGGAGCCUUAGCUGUGGCCGAGAGGACAUUCAAGUGGGAGAAAGACAGAGAGCUAAAAAGGGAUGGGACUCUCUUGGAGGGAGAACGGAAGAAGACAGCAACACUCCAAAGCCCUCGGGCGAGCCUGUGGGGAAGUCAAAACCCUCGAGGAAAUAUCUUAUCAGUAAGGAAUUGAUUUAUAUUUCUUCAACCCAACAUGCAUUUUGGCAAAAGAAAAAGCUCUGCUAA